AUGGCCGAAACUAUUAGCCCCUAUAAACUAUGGACUUUGAUAGGACUCCUGCUACUAUCAUCUUCUUUACUUGGAAUCAUGCUCAAGAUGAUGGAUAUGGUUGAAGUGGACGGAAAGGAGUUUGAACACCCUUUCUUCCAGUCCCUAAUCAUGUUUGUUGGAGAGAGCCUGUGCAUCUUAGUCUAUCUCUUCCAAAAGUACAGGACUGUCAAAGAGUAUGGGUCAGUUCAAGCAAGCCCCGGAAUGAGACAAGCUGUCCAAGAAGGAAUGAAAACUGAUAUUAAUCCUUUAAUGUUUGCUAUACCUAUGUUAUGUGAUGCCGCUGCAUCUACUUUACUAUUAAUUGGAUACAUUAACAUACCAGCAAGUAUCGUACAGAUGAUGGGAGGUUUUAUUGUUCUUGUUGUUGCAGUAAUGUCUAUUAUUUUCCUCAAGAAGAAGCAAUACAGACACCACUGGCUAGGAAUAGCCCUAAUCUUUGUUGGAAUCGGAAUGGUUGCAGCAACCGCACUUCUGAACAAAGAUGACAGUUCCUCCAAAAAUCCAAUUUUAGGUAUUUCUAUGCUCAUCGGAUCUAUUCUUAUCCAAGGUUGCCAAUACAUUGUGGAGGAGAAGCUACUUGGAUCUUAUUACCUAAACCCAAUGAAGGUAGUUGGGUGGGAAGGGAUCACCGGAACAAUUCUGUUCGCUAUCUUACUCCCAAUCCUACAAUUCAUUCCUUGAGAUGCAGCUAUUUGAAGUAAUGGCGUAGUUGAAGAUACCCGCCUAGCAUUCAGCCAAAUCGGAAAAUCUACACUCCUUGUCCUAUUCGUAAUUGGAAACAUUGUGUUUGUGGCAGGAAUGAAUGGGUUAGGCAUGGCUGUUACAAAAUACGCUUCUUCGACAAGUCGUGUAACUCUAUCUCAAGCCAAGACUAUUCUUGUCUGGCUAUUCUUCCUAAUAAUACCGACCUUCACAAACAUUAAGGGAGAGACCUUCAGUUUCUUACAGCUUGGAGGCUUUGUUGUAAUGUUAAUCGGAAUUGUAAUCUACAACGAAAUCGUUUCUAUCCCAUUCUUAGGAUUUUCCGACUCGACCAAAGCAAAUUUGGAGAAGAGAAAGCUCAGAGCGAAAUCUCUCAAUUACAAUGAAGAUACUAUCGACGAGGCCGAAGCAGAUCUGAUGACAAAUGAUGCUUCAGACUAUGCUGCUUCAUCACCUAAGGCAUAUGACUACCAAAGAAACUACAAAAGACUUCAGAACCAGAUGUCCGAGAAAGCUGGAGGCUCUAGUGCAGAUUCUUACUUUAAAAUAGAGGACGAAUAG